AUGGCUCGCCUAGUAUAUUUGUUCCAAUAUGCCAACCUUCGAUGGAUUACUAACAGUUGCUCUAGUUGGAAUACAAGUCUGACGGCCGAUGAUGUCUCUCGCAGGUUGCCCGCCGAUGGCACUUGCUUUUACAUGGAAACACCUGUCUCGACCCCAUUCUUUGGCAUCUGGGACAAGUCGGCAGCGAGCAUGAGCAAUUCUGUUGCCUUCUUGCCUGCCAUAGGAUCAGCAACAGCCACACGAGACAGUAAUAAUGCCAGUUCCACCGGCCCUGAAGACGUCAACAACAAUGGCGGCUCAAAGAUGCCCGCAGACUUAAAAUACAUAGGUGGGCUCGCGUACCUGAUUGAAGCUACGGAGUCGUUGAACCGAAUAGCCACUUGCUUUCUUCACCAAAACGUCAACUUUGGCGACCAGCGCGAAAUCGCGGCUUGGUUAACGAGGUUCAAGGAACUAGAUCUUCGCCUAGUGCAUGCCGAGAGAACUGUUCAUGUCACUAACUCGCUCUGCGACGCAUUCAGUUGGAAGAUAUUCCUCCCCACUCGAUGGAAAGACCCAAACCGCGUUCCCAACACCUCUACGGGCCCCAAGUACCACGACCACGGCAUGACCCUCGCACACAUAACACACAACACCUCAAUAAUCAUCUUGCACUCUCUCAUUGCAUACUCUGUCCCCCGAUGGUACAAUCUUGUUCAGCUGCCCAGCUCCUCCAGCGCAGAGACCUGCCGGCUAGCUGCCAUCGAGACAACGAGUAUCGUAGGAAAGUAUCUAAGCUUUUGCCCGGAGGGGCUCAUAGUUGCCCCUCAACUUACUUUCUGCGUCUUUAUCAGCGGAAAAGCGUUGCUAGGCAAGAACCAUUCCUAUUGCUCAAAUAUCUUUGUAAUUUUACUAACAAAGUUAACAGCCCAUAGCCACUACUACAACGUGCUUCUUGCAGACGAGUUUUGGCACAUCAUCAAAAUCUUAGAGCAGAUGGCGCGACGUUGGGCAGGGCUCGUGCGUUACGAACCAAAGUCUUGCCAUAAUCUGGCUGGAAUGUACGCAGAACGGCUGCGUAUGCUUCAAUCACGAUGCGAAAAGGAUCCAAGUUUCAGAUUAGACGUGCUGGAUUAUUCCAGUGACUUAUUUUCUACCGACACACGAGUGGAUGCCAAUCCCGUUCCUUUUGAUAAUGGGCUUGAAAAUGGUGAUCAAACUAGAAGACGUCCGGCCGGCCAGCGCUCAGGGUCACUUGAAGGGAGAGAGGGAGCUAGGACCCCAGAGCGACUUGCUGUCAAUUGGAAUGAUCAGCCUUUUUUCAUGGACUCGCCAGAGCCGGUGCCGUGUGACAGCUCGAGUGUCCCGCCACGCACCAUCCUCGCACCCACGGCAGAAGCGCAGACCGAGAAGCAGAAUACGUCCCGUGAUAUAGAUAGCGGCCAGGUUGCCAUCUCGCAAGCCUUUAUGGAUCAAAGUUUUGCAGCCUUGGAUCGAGUGAUCGGUCUUGGGGACUCGCUUAUGGGGGAUAAUUAUAUGGCUGAGCAACUGUUCACGAUGCCAUUGGAGGACUGGAGUCCUGAGAAUAUCCACGGUGCAAAUGUCAGUGGAGGCGAUAAUUGA